AUGUUCUACCCCUAUCCAUCAAAAGUCGCAACUUUUACCCAACACGAAGUGAGUUAUGCAUUUACAAUUUAAAAAGGAGCUUUUUUAAUGAAGAAUGAUGGUGAUGAAAUUGAUGAAAACUAAAGUUUUAAAAAAAUUAUAAUAAAACUGUAUUCUUAGUAUAUUGUAUUUCAUCAGUUUAAAUAAAUUUUACUGAAAUAUAACAUGUUUUACGACUUUUUAGAUUUACAAUGACUCAAAUACAAAACUCUUUUGUGGUCAUGGUGUAAAGAUCUUUAUAGACGAAGUAAAUCCAAUUGUCGUUUUUAAUCUUCAAUUCGAUCAAAAACCCUUUUCUCCAGAAGAAAUAGCAUCCAAUGGGUUUGAUGAAGAUAUUAUCGAACUGUUUGAAAAGAACAAGAAAAAACACCACAGUAAGUUGUUUUUUAUAAUUUUGCCAUAAACGCAUAUUAAUAAGAGCUUUUUGUUUAAAACUGUUCUAAAUAAUCUAUACGAUUAAAAAUUAAAACUAUAAUUUUUAAACGCAUAACUAAUGAAAAAGUUUAAUUUAGGCCGAUAUCAAAACUUAAAAGAACUCUUAACAGACGAAUUUUUUAAUGAAAGCUUACAAAAAGUGAAUGUAGCGCCCGUCAUUGUUGCUGGGGAUCUACACACUCCAUCACAUCUUGAUUGGACUGAUAGAGCAAAGUAAGAUAAUCCAGAGAGGGAGGCUUACAAGGAAAGUACCCUACCUAUUCGCUCAGAAUUAGCUCAAAAUUUUUAUACAAAUUCUUUGUACCACCUGUAGUACCCAAAAAAAAUUUUAGCUUGCGAUUUUGAGUUUUAAAUUUUAAUUAUUUUAGUUUCCUACCGAUUUAGCAAAUUUGGCAUUGUGUUUCAAGGACUUUUUUGACUUUCCAGAGAAGCUACGCUUACAAAUUUAAAAAUGUAGUUUAUCUUAAAAGUAUUAUACUAGUAUAUCAAAGAAAAUACCUAAAAGUCGAAAAGUGGUAAAGUUAUAAGCUUAAAACACAAUGCCAAUUUGGCGGGGAAUCCAAAACUUAAUUUUUUGGUCGCGAUUUUCUCGAGAAUUGCUGGUAGGUAUUACUUUUGUAACUAUUUUUUAAGCUUUUUUUCUUUUAUAAUACAAACUAAAAUAGUUCGUCUUUUUAACUGUUUUAAUUUGUAUUAGAAACAUGUAUUAAUUUUUGUAAUUUAUAAUUUUCAGACAUUUUCAUUCAAAUAUAGUCUACGAAUGGCCAAUUACAUCGAUAUUAACGCAACAAACAGCUUUGCUUGAUACCUAUCGAUAUAUUCACCCUUCCGAAGUGGAAGAGCAAGGGAUUACUUGGUCAACGGUUGAAAUGUAUAUAGAUGGUAGCAAUAACAAGAUUCGAGAGCCUCAGGAAAGAAUUGAUUACAUUUUCAGUAGAGGAAAGAGUCUUGUGCCAAUAGAAUCAUACACAUAUCCUAAAAGCUUUACCGAAAAUACGCUGCCGUACGUUGGCAAUAACGAUUGGCCUUCAGAUCAUUUUGCUGUUAUUACGGUUUUUGAAUGGAAAUAG